UCAACUUUUCCUUACCAAACAUGCAGACAUUGGAUUCUUGUUGGCACCUGUAAAGCAAAUUCUUUUCUUGGAGAUAUAAAGUCAAUAUGCAGAGCUAUAGCAGAGCAGAACUUCGUCAAAAUGAUGAAGAUUUAGAUGAAUAUGAAGAGGAUGGGGAAGGUGAGGAGGCCGAGGCAUGGGAAGAGGAAGAAGAUGACGAAGAAGAAGAAAAAGAGAAAGAAGAUCCAAAGCCAACAAAGGAGGAACUUGAAUACCUUCAGUUGAGGCAGCGGAUAAAAGAAUCUGUAAGGAAGAAAAUGAAGAAGGAACAUGCCGCUGGUUCCAAAGGGUCUCUGGAGAAUAAAAAAAAACUUCCAUAUGACAAUUACGGCUCCUUUUUUGGCCCUUCACAGCCUGUUAUUGCACAAAGAGUAAUACAAGAAAGCAAGUCGCUGCUAGAAAACCAACAUUUGGCUUCCAGGAUCUCAAAUCCUCUUGCUAACAAAAAAGCUCCCACUUCAAUCACUGAAGGUAAAAAACCUGCUGUGCAUGCCCAAACACAUCGAGUUGUUAAUGAGUUAAAAGUUAAAGCACAGAAGCUGAAGGAUGCACGUGAUUAUUCCUUUCUAUUAUCUGACGAUGCAGAGCUUCCUGCCCCUCCAAAAGAGCCUCCACCUCGAAAUAUUUCUGUCCCAAGCUCUGAUGCACGAUCAGCCCAAGUCUCAUUGAAGAGCAACAAGCAGUCAAUGGGCAAGCAUGGAAGCAGGCCAGUUUCUAAUGGUCGUGAAGAAAGAAAACCAACAUCUAUUAAUCGUCAGAUACAGCCUCGACCAGGGCCCCACAAAGCUGUUCCUACAAGUAGACCAAAUUUGACGACUGGAGAUCCUAGGAAGCAGUUUGGUAGUAAUACUGGAUCUGGUCCUGGUCGGCCAAUAGGACCUAAAGGCCAUCCCUCUAAUAUGUCAGCUCCUACCAUGAAAAAGAAGGCGCCUGCAGUAGUUGCAAAAAAUAAUGUGGCUCCUGGUCAAAAACCAGCCUUAGUGAAGGUAAACCCAUUGGCUCAGAAGAAACAUUUGGAACAGAAAAGGGAAAUUCGAGAACCUCACAAAGCAAGGGUUAUGACAAAACAGGCAGUGCCUUCCAAACCUCAGGUUAAGGACCCUAAGCAAGGUCCAAUGCGUGCCACCAAGCCAGAGCGCCAACCCAAGAAGCAGCCUGCAAGGAGACCCUUUGAUGAGGACGAAGACGAGCCAGAUUACAGGAGCAUGAUCAGAAGCAUGUUUAGGUACAAUCCUAAUAAAUACAGUGGGCGGGAUGAUGAUGACAGCGACAUGGAAGCUAAUUUUGAUGAUAUCCUAAAGGAGGAGAGGAAAAGUGCAAGAAUUGCAAGAGAAGAAGAUGAAAGAGAGCUUCGCCUAAUAGAAGAAGAAGAAAGGCGGGAGAAGAUGAGAAAGAAGAUGCUGCAGCGAAAGCAGCUAAGCAAGCAAUAACCAUGUAGAAUAUGUUCAUUUUAGGGUUUCCCAAUAGGUCAAUAAUUAAGUGUAGACUCCAACAAUGUCCCAUGUAUUCAUGAUGAUUAUUGCAAUUUUGAUUAUUUUGUUUGGGUUAAUGACCCAUCUUAAUAUUGCAGUUUUUUUCU